UCUGAGCCCGCUUGGCUCAUCUGGCUCAUCUAGAGAGCUCAGGCUCAGAGGUCGCGGCAGUCGCCAGUGCUCACAGCCGGCUGCGCAGCGCGGACCUCGGAUUCCAACACCGCCCCUGCCUGGAUCCCUCGGGGACCCCCACCCCCACCCUGACCUGGUCGGGCGCAGUUUGACCGGGUCUCCCGAGAUUGGGGGCGCAGCGACAGGAACCCUACGACUCCCCCUGGCUGCACGGCCACUGCGCGGGCCACGACCCGGCGGGGGCACUGAGGCCGAGGGCUGCGGAGGGGCCGAGGGAUCCCGGGCGGUUCCGGGAACCACAGUCAGGCAGGCCGGGGCGGAGCCUGGCUGGCGCCCAGCAGUUCCGGGGACACGCUGCGGACCUAGGGCACCCCGGACACUUCGCGACCCGUGGCCGGUGUCAGGUGUGUUAUCGCGGGAACGAGCCUGUGGGACCUGGCGCGGAGGAGCUCCCGGGGCUGUGACGCUCCAGAACCAGGGAUUGAACACACACCCUUGUGCUUGCCAGGGGACCUGGUCUAAGUGCCAGCGCGCAGCGCACACGGAGCCAAGACCUGCGGUGUAUCGACCCUUGAGGAGACAGGACUCGCGAGCCGCGAGCGCCUGCUUCUGCCCCAGCUCUGCAGAGUGCAGCCUGUCUCAGACAGGUCCGGAGGCGGAGGCCUGGGCUCUGGCUGCGAGGCGGGGCCGCCCCCGGAGACGCCAGUGGAGCCACCUGAGCCCGAGCAGCAGGACGUCGUCGCUCGCCGCCCAGAACCGAGCCCGACGCCCCGCGAUGUCCCGGCCGAGCUCGCCCCGUGCCCCGCCGUUGCUGCCGCUGCUCGCCCUGCUACUCCUGUCGCCGGCCUCGGCGCGGGCGCGCGGCCCCCGAAUCAGCCUGCCGCUGGGCUCCAAAGAGAGGCCGAUCCUCAAGUUUGAAGCCCAAAAUGUCUCCAACUACACAGCCCUUUUGCUGAGCAGAGACGGCAGCACCCUCUACGUGGGCGCCCGGGAGACCCUCUUUGCUCUCAAUAGCAGUGGUAGCUUCCUGCCAGGGGGGCAGUACCAGCAGUUGCUAUGGCCUGCGGAUGCAGACAGGAAGCAGCAGUGCAGCUUCAAAGGCAAGGACCCAAAGCGAGACUGUCAGAACUACAUCAAGAUCCUGCUGCCACUCAACAGCACCCACUUGUUCACCUGUGGCACCUCGGCCUUCAGCCCUCUGUGCACCUACAUAAGUGUGGAGAACUUUACCCUGGCACAGGACCAGGCAGGGAAUGUCCUCCUGGAAGAUGGGAAGGGACGUUGUCCUUUUGACCCCAAUUUCAAGUCCACAGCCCUGGUGGUUGAUGGGGAGCUCUACACUGGAACAGUCAGCAGCUUCCAGGGGAACGACCCGGCCAUUUCCCGCAGCCAGAGCCUGCGCCCCACCAAGACCGAGAGCUCCCUCAACUGGCUGCAAGAUCCUGCCUUUGUGGCCUCAGCCUACAUCCCAGAGAGUCUGGGCAGCUCGCACGGCGAUGAUGACAAGAUCUACUUCUUCUUCAGUGAGACUGGCCAGGAGUUUGAGUUCUUUGAGAACACUAUUGUGUCGCGCGUGGCCCGAAUCUGCAAGGGCGACGAGGGUGGCGAGCGGGUGUUGCAGCAACGCUGGACAUCUUUCCUGAAGGCCCAGCUGCUGUGCUCACGGCCCGACGAUGGCUUCCCAUUCAACGUGCUGCAGGAUGUCUUCACACUGAGCCCCACCCCCCAGGACUGGAGACAAACCCUUUUCUAUGGGGUCUUCACAUCCCAGUGGAAUGGGGGGACCACCGAGGGCUCUGCUGUGUGUGUUUUCUCCAUGAACGAUGUGCAGAGGGCCUUCAGUGGCCUCUACAAGGAGGUGAACCGUGAGACGCAGCAGUGGUACACAGUGACACACUCGGUGCCCACACCCCGGCCUGGGUCGUGCAUCACCAACUCUGUCCGGGAGCGGAAGAUCUACUCUUCCCUGCAGCUCCCAGACCGAGUGCUCAACUUCCUCAAGGACCACUUCCUGAUGGACGGCCAGGUGCGCAGUCAGAUGCUGUUGCUGCAGCCACGCGCCCGCUACCAGCGAGUGGCUGUGCACCGCGUCUCUGCACUGGGCCGCACCUAUGAUGUCCUCUUCUUGGGCACUGGUGAUGGCCGGCUGCACAAGGCUGUGGGCAUUGGCCCCAGGGUGCACAUCAUUGAGGAGCUGCAGGUGUUCUCUGCAGCACAGCCCGUGCAGAACCUGCUCUUGGACAGCCACAGGGGGCUGCUGUAUGCGGCAUCCCACUCAGGCGUAGUCCAGGUGCCUGUGGCCAACUGCAGCCUGUACCAGAGCUGUGGGGAUUGCGUCCUCGCCCGAGACCCCUACUGUGCUUGGAAUGGCUCCAGCUGCAGGGACGUCAGCCUCUACCAGCCUGAGAUGGCCUCCAGGCCGUGGAUCCAGGACGUUGAAGGAGGCAAUGCCAAGGAGCUCUGCAACACCUCCAGGGCCAAGUCCCAGGCCUCUGGAAGGGCAGACCGGAAGCCAUGUGAGCACAUCCAGUUCCGGCCCAACACAGUGAACACCUUGGCCUGCCCUCUCCUGUCCAACUUGGCCACCCGGCGCUGGCUGCAUGACAAGGCCCCUCUCAAUGCCUCAUCCUCCUACCGGGUGUUGCCCACUGGGGACCUGCUGCUGGUGGGCAGCCAGGAGAGGCUGGGAGUCUUUGAGUGUUGGUCACAAGAGGAAGGUUUCCAGCAGUUGGUGGCCCACUACUGCCCGGAAGUGGUGGACGAUGGGGUGGCACACCGAACAGACCAGGGCGGCAGUGUGCCUGUUAUCAUUAACACAUCAAGGGUGAGCGCGCCAGCUGCUGGCAGGUCCAGCUGGGGUGUGGACAAGUCCUACUGGAAUGAGUUCCUGGUGAUGUGCACGCUCUUUGGGCUCGCUGUAGUGCUUCUGUUCCUGUUCUUCCUCUAUCGGCACCGGGACGGCAUGAAGGUCUUCCUGAAGCAGGGGGAAUGUGCAACUGUGCACCCCAAGACUCGCCCUGUGGUGCUGCCACCUGAGACCCGACCACUCAAUGGUGUUGGCCCCCCUAGCACCCCGCUGGACCACCGAGGCUACCAGGCUCUGUCAGACAGCUCCCCAGGGCCCCGGGUCUUCACAGAGUCCGAGAAGAGGCCACUGAGCAUCCAGGACAGCUUUGUUGAGGUGUCCCCCGUAUGCCCUCGGCCCCGGGUCCGCUUGGGCUCUGAAAUCCGUGACUCUGUGGUGUGACAGAGCCAUCCUGGCUUCAGGGCUGUGACUGCUUGAGGGUGUCAGCUGGACUCACGCCUCAUGAAUAUGGCCGGCCAGGGUGCCUGCCCUUGGGAACCAGGGGGCCCCCAACCUGCUGCUGUCCAGCCACAGGCAAGGCCCCUAACACCCAGCCUGGUGCCCAGUGGUCCUGUACAAGGAGGAGAUGGUCAGUCCUCCAGGGCCAGGGCAUUGCCCGUUUGGGCAGGACGAUGCUCCUUACGUGAACUGAGCCCUUUGUUUAAAAACAGCUGAAAAAUGUGAAACCAGAGGGCGCGGGAAGAGAGACAAUGGAGAUGCCUCACACAUACACUGCCACCCAAUUCCCUCCUCCAAGCAAUGCUGGGGACACAUCCCAGGUGGUGUGGGACAGAGAUGGAAACCCUGCGCCAACUGGCCUCUUCGACCUUCGCCUUAGCCUACCACCCACUAUGCUUUCUUACCAGAGCCGGUGGCCAGCUCAUGCCAGCCGGCCAGGAUAUAGCUCGGUGCUAUCACCUGCACCUCAGGGACCAGAGGGCUGGCUGGCUGUGCAGCCCUCCCCAGGACCUGGGCUCAGACCCUGCUCUCGGACCUUUCCAGCCUGUAUCAGGCUGUGGCUACAAGGCAGGAGCAAAAGCCCAGGACCUUGUGACCACGUAGCCCUUUGCCUCAGGAAGAGACUGUUGAUUGCCUUCCUUCAUCCCAGCCUGAGAACUGUGUGUCCCUUGUACCAUGUCAGCCCCUCUUCAAACUUGAGCACAGGGAACUCCAUGGAGCCCAGCUUAUCCCCAGCCUGGUUCCUCCUCACUUGUCUCCACUACAAGGGAUAUUUACACUGCCCAGCACAGGGUCCUGAAUGCCUGUGGGUUUUUGUAUUUUUUUUUUUAAAUAAAAAUGCACUUUACUUUUUCUUUUUUAAAAGAUAGUCUGAAGAAUUAAAUGUUUAAUCAUCAUCCUUCCUCUUGAAGGACUUAUACCAUUUGAGAUUUGAUGUGUUUCUGGGGUUCCUGAACCUUCUUUCUAGGCCCUAGGAGCCAGAAGUAGUCCAGCCAGUGGUUGACUCCAUUCACAUCAACCCCUUCAUUUUAUCUCCUUGCUUUGUGGGGAGGACUGAACCCAGGGCCUCAUGCAUGUUAGGCAACCAUUCAUGUGCAUAGGGCAUUACUAUGUAAUUUAAGUCCGUCUUAAACUCACAGCCCUCCUGCCUCGGCCUCUUGAGUGCUAGGAUUACAGGGAUUUAUCACUAUCAUGUUAUCACUAUGCCUGGCAGGAACCUUUUACUAUUUUUCAAGUGAUCAUUUGUCAACACUGACUUUCUUCUCUUAAUGUGCUGCCUUGAAUUUUUUGUACUGACACUUGAACUCAGGACCUUGUGCUUGCCAAGCAGGUGCUUGUGCCACUGAGCUAUAUCCUCAGCCCUCUGCCUUCAAAUUUUAACUCAUUGCUGGAUAGGGUACCAGGUACCUGUGGUUUUGGAGGUACAAGGAGGCUGAGGUACAGGGAACACCUGGGCCCAGGAGUUUCAGAUCAUCCCAGGCAUACACUCAUUUCAAAAAAGAAAAACACACAAAAUGUAGAAAUUCAUGUAACCACCACCAUAAUCAAAAACAGAGAAUUUCCCCACUUGGGUGGAGGAGGUUGAGUCGAGCUGUAUUUCCUGCUGGUGGGAGCUGGGGAUUUGGCUCAGCAGUAGAAUGCUUGCCUAGCAAGCUGGAAGCCUUGAGUUUGGUCAUCAGAACCAAAGAAAUAAAACAAACCUCCCCUAUUUACUGCUGGUCCCUUCU